UCCAGUGAUUGCGCUUGCGCUGGUGAUCCGGGAUGGGCUGGCCGUGGGUCCGGGUCCACUGGCUUGCGCUGCGGGAGGCUGGCCAUGGUGGGUAGGAUUGAACCGCUCCCGGCGCGGAGCUGGAGAGGUGGUAGUAGACGGCAGUAGAGGCUGCGGGGCUCGAUUUGGCUGUUUGAGGAAUCGGGAGGCGGCAGGACCCUUGCCCGCCUCUGACGGAGCGCACCCACGGGGAAGCUGUAACGCGCAGAGGGGGAAGGAGAUCAAUCAACCCAACUUGUCCAUUUCACAGGAGCCAUGCGUGGCCAGCGGAGCCUGUUGCUGGGCCCAGCCCGCCUCUGCCUGCGCCUGCUUCUGCUCCUGGGCUACAGGCGCCGCUGCCCACCUCUGCUUCGGGGCCUGGUGCAGCGUUGGCGCUAUGGCAAGGUCUGCCUUCGCUCCCUGCUCUACAACUCCUUUGGGGGCAGUGAAACCGUGGUUGAUGCUGCCUUUGAACCUGUCUACUGGCUGGUGGACAACGUGAUUCGAUGGUUUGGGGUGGUGUUUGUGGUACUGGUGAUCGUGCUGACCGGCUCCAUUGUUGCCAUCGCCUACUUAUGUGUCCUGCCGCUCAUCCUCCGAACUUACUCAGUGCCACGACUCUGCUGGCAUUUCUUCUACAGUCACUGGAAUCUAAUCCUCAUCGUCUUCCAUUACUACCAGGCCAUCACCACUCCGCCUGGGUACCCACCCCAGGGCAGGAAUGAUAUUGCCACAGUCUCCAUCUGUAAGAAGUGCAUUUACCCCAAGCCAGCCCGGACACACCACUGUAGCAUCUGCAAUAGGUGUGUGCUGAAGAUGGAUCAUCACUGCCCCUGGCUAAACAACUGUGUGGGCCACUAUAACCAUCGGUACUUCUUCUCUUUCUGCUUUUUCAUGACUCUGGGCUGUGUCUACUGCAGCUAUGGAAGUUGGGACCUUUUCCGGGAGGCUUAUGCUGCCAUUGAGAGAAUGAAACAGCUCGACAAGAACAAACCACAGACGCUUGCCAACCAGACUUAUCACCAGACCCCACCACCUACCUUCUCCUUUCGAGAAAGGAUAACUCACAAGAGUCUUAUCUACCUCUGGUUCCUGUGCAGUCUUUGCCUCUCCUUUCUUAGCUCUGUGGCACUGGCCCUGGGUGCCCUAACAGUAUGGCAUGCUGUUCUCAUCAGUCGGGGUGAGACUAGCAUUGAAAGACACAUUAACAAGAAAGAGAGACGUCGACUACAGGCCAAGGGCAGAGUAUUUAGAAAUCCUUACAACUAUGGCUGCAUGGACAACUGGAAGGUAUUCCUGGGUGUGGACACAGGAAGGCAUUGGCUUACCCGGGUGCUGUUACCUUCUAGUCAUCUGCCCCAUGGGAAUGGAAUGAGCUGGGAGGCCCCUCCCUGGGUGACUGCUCACUCGGCCUCUGUGAUGGCAGUGUGAGCUGGACUGUAUCAGCAACAGCUUGAGCAUUCAUUCUGCUGCCUGUGUCAAGGGCCUCCAAAGGCAGCUUUUCUUUGAAUCCUUGAUCAAAAAGAGCCACUGGGCCUGCCCUAGGGUACUAUGCAUUAACAACUUAAGAACUAACCUUGUGGUCACUGCAGAAGACACAAUGUGGACAGAUCCUAGGACUGAUGUCACUUUACUCAGGCAAACAGAAGUUUUAGCCCCAGACUAGGGUCAGGCAGCUAGCUACCCCACCCUCCUUCAGAUACAGCACUGGGGCUGGCCAUCUCCUUUUCCACUUGCUGUCCGGGAAAAGACCUAAGCUGGAAUCUUGGUUUCUCAUUGGGGCAAAGACACCAUGCCUGCUGCUGAGGUCACUGCCAUUUCUCACAUGCUACCAAAGGUAGCAAAAAUAAAGGCAUUUGAUUUGUAAAGAUA